CGGACACCGAACCUCUCCGUUUUCACGCAGACCGUGAUUUUUUUUUGUGGAACUAAACAAGCAGGGGACAUGUUUGGAAUAAAAUCCGAUAUGUUCUCGUGGAGGUGAAUUGAACGCCGUUUUCAAUGCUGACUGACGUCGUUUUCCUUCCUAGCCAUUUCACAGGACGGGUAAAUAAAUAAAUAGCUCGCGAAUCGAUUGUCAAGUUUCGCAACGGGUUCAACAUUCGAGUGAAACGUCACGGGUUCUGGAUCAACAGUUCUGUUUGUUUGGCAUCGAAUGGAUGUGUGAAAGGGAAGGAGCUAAAUAACAGGGUGCAAUGGUUCUCCUGUGGAUUUCAUAGACACCUUGUCUCCCCCAGAUCCCCCCUUUUUUUUUUUUUAAAACCACCCAGCAUAGUGGCAUAGUUCCCUAAAGGAUCAUGUCUGCAGCACAGACACAGAAUGACAGCGAGCAGCGAUGGAGCUGCCUGGAGUCUCUGGGUUUGAGUCCCAGAGAGCUGGUUCUGGCUGAGGCCUUACAGAUGGAGUAUGAUGCGCUUUCUCGACUUAAACAGGACAAAGAUCCCACUGGAAGGGACGAGUCUGACAGUAGCAAAACUGUGCCAUCCAGGAAUACACACACUAGGCGUAUCCCCAGCCCACCUGUGACAAACAUGCGGCAAGGGCUGUCGGGGUCUGACCCGCUUCUCCACCUCAUCCAACCUGGAGUUUCCAGCCCGUCAAGGUCGAAUGUGGAUCCACAUGGCUACAGCAAGGAGCCCCUUUAUAUCCUGGAAGAUCCCAGCAAGAAUGACUACGAGAGGAUGACGGAUGGGUUUUCAAAGGGGUUGCCACCUCCGGAUGAACCUCCUCCAGCGAUUCCACCAAGGAAUCCAAUACCUCAACCAGACUCUUUCGGCCUCUGCAGGGGAUCAGCUCCCAGAGACGUGAACCUGUUCAGCCCUGAGGUGGACCAACCAAAGCUUCCCACCGGGGAAGGCAUAAACUAUGACAACCUGAAUGAUUCCCUCAUAAGGGUCAACAGCGGUAAGCAGUCACCCAGGCAACAAAAAGUUAGUGGUGACCAAUCUGGAAAGCCUGUGGCUCGCAGCAAGACGCUGCCCCCUCAAGUGCCACCUCGCACCUAUUUGCCUGGGCAAAAGAGUGGCAGAAACAACCGCAGGGUGUCAGCUGAUCUGGUGUCACUUCGUUCCAGACUCAAUGGAUUUGGCUAUGAGCUCUUCCAGGUUUCUGAGGAGCGUGACGAGGAGGUGGCUGCCUUCUGUCAUAUGCUCGAUGUGUUGCGCUCAGCUUACCCGUCCACAGACCGGUCAAAGAAUGCAGGGUUUGUAUGGAGCCCGUGUGUGGCGCAGGAGGAGCAGCAGCAGGUACUGGGGGUCAGCGUAAAGGUCACCAUCAUCGGUGAGCACAUCCGAGAGCCACUCAUCUUCACCUGUGAUGGUUCUUCCACCAUUGACCUGCUAAUAUACCAGACCUUGUGCUACGCCCAUGAUGACCUGGACUUAGUUGAUGUGGAUGACUACCUAAUGAAAGUGUGCGGCCAAGCCGAGUAUCUUAACAACUCUCAAACCUUGGCUGGACUUGAAUACAUUCAGCAGUGUCUGAAGUUUGAUCGGGACGUCCAGCUUUUCCUCACCAAGAGAAGCUCUGUUAACAUGGAGCUAGCUCGCACUGAAGAGGACGACGAGACACCAUCCUCCCUGAACCACAGUAUCACGCUGCAGGAGAGACCCAUAAAGCAGACUGUGACAAAGGAAGCACUAACUUUGCUUCUGGACACCUUUCAUACCGAGGCCGAGUUGUUUGUGUUAUCAGAGGCUGACCUUCAGUUGCAUGUGGAGCGCUUGGUACAGUCAGUCAAGGCUCUGUGCAGCUCGCUUGCCGCUGUGGAAACUCCCGACAUCACCUCGGCCCUGAAUCAGCUGCCCGCCUGCCCGUGUAGACUGCAGCCCAGAGUCCAGAAGGAUGUGAGUGUGCUGGCGAAGAGAGAAAACAGAGAGAAAAUAGUUGAAAGGUUGACGGCCGCCAUCUUGGAUCUGGUGGAGCUCUACUGCAGCACGUUCAACGCCAACUUCCACACAGCUCCACACAGCAGCCGCACCACGGCGCCAAUCCAGGAGGCGGGCAUGAUUACAAAUGUAUUGUCCUUCAGCAUUUAUGCUGCCCACCGUGUCCCCAUCACCUGGGCCGCCAGUUAUGAAGGGUUCUUUCUGUCGUGUUCCCUCACCCAUGGGGGAGAGGAACUCUGUGCCCCCCAGCACACAAGCAAACAGUCAGUCAGCAAAUACCUUUUCCAUCUGGUGGUUUGGGACCAAAGGAUUUGCUUUCCAGUGCAGAUCAACCAGCUGCCACGAGAGUCUCAGCUGACAGUGACUUUAUAUGCGACACCGCUACCACCCCCUGGAGGGGCAGAUGACAAGAGCAAGCAGAAAGCCCGCAACAUGGAGGCACUGGGCUGGGUCACAAUGCCGCUCUUUAACUUUCGACACAUUUUGACCUGUGGCAGGAAGCUGUUGGGUCUUUGGCCGUCAACGCCAGGGAGCGGAAACACCCGGUCCAGCACUCCCAACUUCAGCCAGCCUGAUAGUGUCAUCCUGCAGGUGGACUUUCCGACAUCCUCAUUUGAGGUGCGUUUUAGCACCCCUCCACCAGCCGAGUUCAGCCCUCAGUACGAGUUCUCCCGAUUGGAUCAGAGCAGCCAGAGACAGCUCCAGGACAUCCUGAACAAGAAGUCUCUCUUCUGGUUGACUCCAGAGCACAAGCGUCUGCUGUGGGAAAAGCGUUCCUUCUGCCAAGCCGAGAGCAGUCACUUGCCCAUGAUCCUUGCCAGCGCCCCCAGCUGGGAGUGGUCAUGUCUGCCUGACAUCUAUGGUCUCCUUCGCCAGUGGGCAUGCACCAACCACCUGGACGCACUAGGCUUGCUGCAGGCCACGUUUCCAGAUCAGGAGUGCAGACGCACAGCUGUCCAGUGGAUGGACUCUAUUUCUGACCCUGAGCUACUGGACUUUCUUCCACAGCUGGUGCAGGCACUGAAGUACGAGUGUUACCUGGACAGUCCUCUGGUGCGCUUUCUUUUGCGCAGAGCCAUGGGAAAUGUGCGUGUCGGUCACUGCCUUUUCUGGUUGCUGAAGGACACACUGCAGGACUCCCAGUUCAGCGUACGUUAUCAGCACCUGCUGGCCGCGUUGCUCUGCUGCUCAGGCCGAGGUCUUCGUGAAGAGUUCGACCGCCAGUGCUGGCUCAUCAGCAUCCUAGCUAAAGUUGCACAGCGUGUCCGAGACGCCUCGCCAUCAUCGCGGCAGGCUCUUCUGAGAGAGGGACUGGAUGAGGUCAAGCAGUUCUUCUCCAUAAACAGCAGCUGCCGCCUUCCUCUUAACCCUGGCCUCCUAGUCAAGGGCAUUAACAUACAGGCCUGCUCCUAUUUUAACUCCAAUGCUGUGCCACUCAAGCUCUCGUUCCAGAACAUGGACCCGCUGGGAGACAACAUCAACGUCAUCUUUAAGUCAGGAGAUGACCUGCGGCAGGACAUGCUCACUCUGCAGAUCAUCCGCAUCAUGAACAAAAUCUGGAUUCAGGAAGGCUUGGAUAUGAAGAUGGUCAUCUUCCGCUGCUUCUCCACCGGCCGGAGCCGAGGCAUGGUGGAGAUGAUCCCGAAUGCUGAGACCUUGAGGAAAAUCCAAGUGGAGCACGGAGUCACUGGAUCUUUUAAGGACCGCCCAUUGGCUGACUGGCUGCAGAAACACAACCCCUCCGAGGACGAGUAUGAGAAAGCAGUAGAGAACUUCAUCUACUCCUGUGCAGGCUGCUGUGUUGCCACCUACAUCCUGGGCAUCUGUGAUCGCCACAAUGACAACAUCAUGCUGAAGAGCAGUGGCCACAUGUUUCAUAUUGACUUUGGCAAAUUCUUGGGCCACGCGCAGAUGUUUGGCAACAUCAAACGGGACCGGGCUCCUUUUGUCUUUACAUCUGACAUGGCUUAUGUGAUUAAUGGGGGUGAUAAGCCUUCAAGUCGCUUUCAUGACUUUGUUGACUUGUGUUGCGAGGCGUACAACCUCAUCAGGAAACACGCUCAUCUAUUCCUCAACCUGCUGGGCUUGAUGCUGUCCUGUGGCAUUCCUGAGCUCUCAGAUCAAGAGGAUUUAAAGUAUGUUUAUGACGCUCUGAGACCACACGAGUCUGAGGCGGAUGCCACCAUGUACUUCACAAGGUUGAUAGAGUCCAGUCUGGGCAGCGUCGCCACAAAACUCAACUUCUUCAUCCACAACCUUGCCCAGAUGAAGUUUGCCUCCUCAGAGGAGCGUCCCGUGUUGUCGUUUGCACCGCGAGUCUACACAAUGAAAAGUGAUGGCCUCAUUCGCAGCCUGUUUGUGUGUCGCCACAUAAAAACCUACAGCCCCAACAAGGGUUAUACCUACGUGGUGAAAGUGGAGCGUGAGGGCCAGCAGGGGGCGACAUUGGUCCAGAGGAGUUUUGAGGAGUUCCAUGAGUUACACAGUAAACUGCGACUCAUCUUCCCUUCUUCUAAACUGCCCAGUUUUCCCAGUCGCUUUGUGCUUGGUCGCUCUCGCGGAGAAGCCAUGGCCGACCGCAGAAAAGAUGAGCUGAACGCAUACGUAUGGCAUCUGAUCCACUCAGCCGCUGAAGUUGCUCAGUGUGACCUGGUCUACACCUUCUUCCACCCGUUACCAAGAGACGAGCGGCCAGUAGGAACAGCUGUAAACGUGCUGAGUGUAAAACCGACAGAGGGUUCUUGGACUCCUGUGGCUGGUAAAGCAGCUGGUGAAGUGAAAUUGUCCAUUUCCUACAAAAGCAACAAGCUUUUCAUUAUGGUGAUGCACAUACGAGGCCUGCAACCCUUACAGGACGGCACCGAUCCUGAUCCAUACGUCAAACUGUACCUGCUUCCUGAUCCCCAGAAAACAGGCAAGAGGAAGACAAAGGCAGCUCGUCGCACAUGCAACCCCACAUAUAAUGAAAUGCUGGUGUAUGAUGAAAUACCACAUGGGGACCUGAGCAAGCGUUCAAUCCAUCUUCGAGUGCUAGGUGAUGGAGCGUUCUGGGACAACACGCUGCUGGGCGAGGCCAUCAUCCCCCUAAAUAAUCUAACACCCGGACAGCAUUGGGUGGACUGGCACCAGCUGAGCACAGGCAGCUCCGAUGCCAGCCGCUAACUCGAAAAAGGACUCGCUAAAACAGACCCUGGGUGAUGGUCUGAUCACCAGUAUUUUUGUUAAGUACGUCCCUUUACAUGGAAGGGAACCGACUCUGAAGAUGGAGCCCUUUGAGGAGCAUGCUGUAGGUGUGCCUGUCUUUGCACUGGGGUCUGUUAGAUGCUGCAUAGAAAGAGGUAUUUUCCCCCACACUGGGGUGCUUGUUGCUGAUUCUCCUGCCCUGGAGACUUGUAGACUCUGUGAUGGAGAGACAUCACUACAUGUGCUAGUUGGGUUGGGGAUUUUUUUUGUCCUCUACAUGUGACUGUGGAACAGGACAUGCCUGAACUAGCUGUGGCCGAGAUAAGAAACACUGACUCUCUCGGAUGCAGAACCCAGAAGGAUCUGGUCCAUUGUACAGCCUCACAGAGAGAGAAGAAGUGAAACGUUAACUUAUUUCUUUUUAAGAUGCUCUUUUAUUUUGGCUCGAUUUGGAGCUAGCUUCAGUUGUGACGAUUAUGUCCCUGAGAGUUAGAUGAUUACAGAUUUUAUGUAUGUAAAAAGGGAGAUAUGGAGCGUUGUAAAACGAAUCGAUUUACAGGUGGCAGGGAUCUAUCAUGUCUUGAAAAACUAAAACACUUAAGAUUCUGUGGCAUUGCACACUUGUGUGUAGUCAUGCAAGUUGUUACUCAGUACAACAUUUGUAGUAUGAAUGACAUAAAAAGCUCUGUAACUUUUGAUUUUUGUUUAUUAAUCACGUUCUUUCUUUGUUUCUUUAAAUAAGCACCAGUCUUAAAAGGUCCCAGAUUGAAAUGAUUUUCAUAAAUAGAUAGAUGGAUAGAUAGAUAGAUAGAUUGAUAAAUAAAUAAAUAAAUAAAUAAAUAAAAAUGCUCAAGUUGGGACCAGACUUAAAAUAUAUUUGUUACACUUCACAUUGUGCCACAAGGGUCGCCAGGUGACAUUAACAAACCUUCUCAUAAUUAACUUUUUUUUUGUCUGUUAAUGAAACUAAGGGAGAAAAAUCCAGGUUAUUAUUCGACAAAAGAACUGUUAAAUCAGUCUGAUUAGGUUCUCUAUUUGUGAAGUAUUUUUCCAGUAAUAUACUUGUCAUAUAACACAUGCUGUCUCAUAACUUAUAUCGAUCAAAACGUUAGGGUUCAAUAGGCAUUACAUUGUUUGAAUCACAGUGGCACUUUAUAGACCAGAAUGUGUGCUUUUCACAAUGUGAUAUAUUUCCCUUACAUCGCCUAGCCUGAUAGCACACCACCUAGUAAAGCCCUUAUUAUAGUUUGCUUUAAAAUGAACCAUGAAGGUUAAAACAAGACAAGAGGAACCUAAGCAAUGAGUUUAUGUUUUGGUUCGGACUUAUCUCAGCCUAGCGUCUGUCUCUCCAGUGAGAAUGUGUGUAUUUGAAUGGUUCAUGUGCAUGCUGUGAAAUUUGCUACUGGAUAAAUGUUGCACUUUUGCUCUUAUUUGCUAUGAAGUAUUUUGUGCUUACGUUUUUGGGAUCAGUCAGUUACUUAAAUGGAAUAUUUUAUUUAUUUGAAGAAAAGGAAACAAAGAUAAACCGUACCACAAUAUUAUUGAUUAAUAUUCCUAUUAAUACAGAUUCUUUAUUUUGUUGAAAUUGUUUGUGAACUUCAAAUUCAACUGUAUACUUUUAAGCUUUAAUCUGUUGGGAAUUUUUUUCCUUUCCAGAUGUGCACGCAUGCAAAUGAUUCGCUGAACCUGAGACUAAGGCUGUUUUUAUGUUUUUUCCCUUCUGUAUACACCUUUACAUGUUCUGUCACUUUGUGUUUCUUUGUGACACAUUUAUUUGUCCACUUCACUAAAUUAAAACAAAACUGUUUCAUGUAAAACUUUGUUCAAUGAAGGAAAACAGCUGCUUGAAAUUCACCUAUGUUUUAGACCUUAUUCGUACAGUAUGUAUGUAAAUAAUCAGUAUGUUUAGUUAAAGGUUUAUAACAUAGUGUUAUGAUAUGCUGUCAUCUAAAAAUGAACCACAUCGUAGCCUGCCACGAGCCAAAGGGGGAUUUGUUAAAAAGUUCUUGGUCCAACCCUGAGACAGCAGUUUUCUUGAUUAUACUGUUGUUUAAUAUUAUACUGUUCUGUCACUAAUGUGUCUUAUUUAAUGUUGGGGUUAGUCAACUUAUUUUUUUGAAGUACCAAUCUGUACUGAGUGUUAGUGUUAUUACUGGUGAGGUACUCUUUGUGUGCCCUUGUAAGAAAGCGAGAUGGUUGGAAAGCUCAGACCUGCUCUUAUUAUGCAGAAGAUUUGCAAAGGACUCCAAAAAACCCAAAUUAGUUCACUUUGAAUCACCAGAGACCAUUUGUCCAAGAGAAACUAUGGAGCGAAUGUAAGUUUAAAAUGAACAGGCUUAGUCUGUUGUACAUAUUAAGACUAUAAUUUGUCUGUGCUUUAUGGAUUUUGUCACUGUUUUGAUUUCCUGACAUAGCUGUGUUCCUUUUAGACCAUUUUUUUUAUAUUAUUUGCACUAAAUAAUAAAAAGAACUUGAAUCCAAAAUGAAAAAAA